CCCUGGUCCCUCUCUUCCUCUCCGUGCCGCGUGUGGCCUUUAGAUUCCCGAACUCUCUACUGACUGAAGGGGCUGGAAGUGCUUUGCGCGAUGCCUUUAAACGUAAAAGAAACAGAAAAAUGGAAAAAGGGGAAAAGUUAAAGGAAGAGGGAUAUUAUACUCUCUGUCCUCUCUCCUUUGCAGAAUUGAGUUGGAAGCAAAAAGUCGCACGCGUGAGGCAUAGCUUUCACCAGCGCAAAGGUUAAGUACCUGGUUUCACAGCAAAUGUUUAGUUAACCCACCGCUCUCUCCUCAUCCUCAACCAACUAUGUGCGUAUGUGUCUAUGUAUCAUCCUCAACCAACUAUGUGCGUAUGUGUCUAUGUAUCUUAGAAAGAGUCAAAGGGAGUAGCCUUCCUAGCUUUUGCACUCAGGGAACCGAGCCGCUUGCGACUCGUGGUCCUUUGCUGGGGUGGGUUUUUAAUGUUUCUCGAUUUUAGAAGGAUGGGCGGUUUGGGAGUCCACCACCUCUUUUUUAAAUAAAUAGGAGGGACGACGCGCUUAAAUUUAUCAUAAUCACAUCUCGGAAACUUCUUCCUUAUGAACCACCUUUUGUUUUUUUUUCGAGGACCUCCUUAUGAACCAGCUCUUUCUCUCUCUUCCCUUUUUUAAUUAUAUAUAUAUAUAUAUAUAUACAUAUAUAUCUGCUUAGCUAGAAAGUAGCAGCAGCAGCAGCUCGCACUGUCUUAUAAUAGUUUGGAGGUUAAACGAACGGGAAUUGAAGUGAUCCGGUGAAUUGGCAAGCGGAUAAGACUCCUUCGUCUUAAUCAUCAUCAUCAUUAUCAUCAUCCAUGCACCAAAUGCGGGGUCGCAGCUAAACCCCUUCUAUACUGAGGGGACCAAAUCCACAAAGGAUAAGAUUUACCAACUUGAACUAAUCUCAACCAGCAGAGCCCUUCUUCACCGUUCUCUGUUUUCUCUCUCUCUCUCUCUCUCCACGUGUAGCAAGUAAAACUCGAAUAGAUUGAUGAGAGCCAUGAGGGCUUAACUAACUGCACAAGUAGGCUUGAGAUGGGGGCGGAGUGGUGCUACUUGAGAGAGCAAGAGACCAAACAACUCCAUGACUCCUAUUCUUCUUUUUCUUCUUCUUAUUUCAUGGAUAAAUCAUCAUCACCAUCUUUGCCUUUGAGGAGUAGGAGGAGGCUUCUUUGGGUUCAAGGCCCUGUCAUAGUGGGUGCAGGACCUUCAGGGCUCGCCACGGCCGCAUGUCUAAAGGAGAGACGGGUUCCGAGCCUCAUACUAGAGAGGGCCAACUGCAUCGCAUCUCUCUGGCAGCUUAAGACAUACGACAGGCUGAGCCUCCACCUGCCCAAGAAAUUCUGCGAGCUCCCCUUGAUGCCCUUCCCUUCCCACUUCCCCACAUACCCCACCAAGCAGCAGUUCAUCCAAUACCUCCAGGACUAUGCCCAACACUUUGGGCUGGAGCCGGCCUUCAAUGAGAGGGUCGAGUGUGCAGACUACGACCCCAGUGUGGGGCUUUGGAGGGUGUGCACGUCAUCUUGGACCGAGUAUGUGUGCCGGUGGCUGGUGGUGGCUACUGGAGAGAAUGCGGAGGCGGUUCUGCCUCAGAUUCGGGGGAUGGACGAGUUCCAAGGCCCUAUCAUUCACACCUCAUGUUACAGGAGCGGUGCCGGCCUUGAUGGUCAGAGGGUUUUGGUGGUGGGGUGCGGCAACUCAGGGAUGGAGGUCUGCUUGGAUCUCUGCAACCACAAUGCCAGUCCCACUCUCGUUGUCCGCAAUCCGGUGCACGUUCUGCCGAGGGAGAUGCUGGGGAAGUCGACGUUCGGAGUGUCGAUGUGGUUGCUCAAGUGGUUCCCAGUGAGAAUGGUGGAUCGCUUCCUCUUGUUGGUGUCGUGGUUGAUGCUGGGGAGCACGGCGCGCUUGGGCCUUGCGAGGCCCCGUGUAGGUCCCUUGGAGCUCAAAAGCAAAGCCGGGAAAACCCCAGUUCUGGACGUCGGAACCCUAGCCAAGAUCAGGUCAGGUCAGAUCAAGGUGAGGCCUGGGGUAAAGCGACUGAGAGCGCAGGGAGCAGAGUUCGAAGAUGGGAAAGGAGAAGAGUUUGAUGCUGUGAUCCUCGCCACUGGUUACAAAAGCAACGUACCCUCUUGGCUAAAGGAAACAGAUUUUUUCUCAGUGGAGGAUGGCCUGCCGCGCACGCCUUUCCCAAAUGGAUGGAAAGGCAAGAGUGGGCUCUACGCCGUUGGAUUUACGAAGCGGGGAAUCCUGGGGGCUUCUAUGGACGCCGUCAGAAUAGCCCAGGAUAUCGAGCGAUGGACGGACGAGUCAAGGCAUCUAAUCCUCGCGUCCUCCAAACCUACAUCCUCUUAUUGACUCGCUAUUCUAAUCCCCCCCUAUCAAUCAAUAGAAGCGGCAUACAUGUUUGGCGUUGGCCAUGCCUAUUUCUCCACCAACCAAUCAACAAACAUCUUUGUGUAUAUCUGCCAUUUUUUCCUGAUUAACUAAAACCACAUUUGGGAGGGAGGAGAGAGGCCCCAGAACAUCAUACAUAGCUACCUACUCACAAGAGAAUUUCUAUUCUUUGUUAGUUCUAUUUGUUUCUUUGUUCACUCUCCCUGUCUAUCUCUCUCUUAAUAUCUCAUCUCACCUCAUCAACUAAGAUUUGUACUAUUAUAUUUUGUUGUCGUUGAGCUGUUUCUUUUCUUGUAAUUUGAAGCCACAACAGUUUGGAGGUCC